GCUUCUUCCACACAGAAAUUAAUGUUUAGUGAAGCUCCUCCCACAACAAUCCUGUCAUCAGUGAAGCUCCUCCCACAACUAUACUGUCAUCAGUGAAGCUCCUCCCACAAACCUUGCAGAAUGAAACACACUGAAGGUUCUGAAGAACAAACAAAGUUGAUUGAAGAAAAUGAGGAGAGUGAAGAAUUGAGAGAAGUUGAGGAGAAAAAUCAUGUCAAAACCAGAGAAAAAACAUUGAGUCAAACCAAACAGAAAAAAAUGGAAAAAAGAGGAGCCAAGAAAUCUCUCACCUGCACUCAGUGUGGAAAGAGUUUAACAAGCAAACAUAGUCUUGAUGUUCACAUGCGCGUUCAUACUGGAGAGAAACCGUUCACUUGUGAUCAAUGCGGGAAGAGUUUCUCACAAUCAGCACAUCUUAAGGAUCACAUGACCACCCAUACUGGAGAGAAUCUGUACACAUGUGAUCAAUGUGGCAAAACCUUUUUGAGGGCAUCAUACCUGAUGAAACACAUGAGAGUUCAUACAAAGGAGAAGCCGCAUUCAUGUUAUUUGUGUGGAAAGAGUUUUUCAUGUCUACAAAAUUUGAAAGUACAUCAGAAAAUACACACUGGUGUGAGAGACUACAUGUGCUUUGAGUGUGAGAAGACUUUUACUUCAGCAUACUAUUUAAAACUGCAUGAGAGGAUUCACACUGGAGAGAAACCGUACAAGUGUUUACACUGUGACAAGAGAUUCAGUCGGUCAGGAAAUCUGAAAACACAUGAGAGGAUCCAUCUUGAUGUUCACAUGCGCGUUCAUACUGGAGAGAAACCGUUCACUUGUGAUCAAUGCGGGAAGAGUUUCUCACAAUCAGCACAUCUUAAGGAUCACAUGACCACCCAUACUGGAGAGAAUCUGUACACAUGUGAUCAAUGUGGCAAAACCUUUUUGAGGGCAUCAUACCUGAUGAAACACAUGAGAGUUCAUACAAAGGAGAAGCCGCAUUCAUGUUAUUUGUGUGGAAAGAGUUUUUCAUGUCUACAAAAUUUGAAAGUACAUCAGAAAAUACACACUGGUGUGAGAGACUACAUGUGCUUUGAGUGUGAAAAGACUUUUACUUCAGCAAACACUUUAAAACUGCAUGAGAGGAUUCACACUGGAGAGAAACCUUAUAUGUGUUCGCACUGUGACAAGAGAUUCAGUCGGUCAGGACACCUGAAAACACACGAGAGGAUCCACACUGGAGAGAAACCAUAUUACUGCACUGCAUGUGGGAAGCGUUUCAAUCGUUCAUCUGCUCUACACAGACAUCUUCUUAUAACAGAUCAUACUGGAGUGAAGCCACACACAUGUGAUCAAUGUGGGAAGACUUUCAGAACAGCAUACAUGCUGAAGGACCACCUUAAGGUUCAUACAAAAGAGAAGCCUUUUUGUGGAAUGGGUUUUAGUCAGCUGGGUACUUUAAAAUUACUUCAGAAAAGAUACAACGGUGUGAAGGAUCAUAUGUGCUUUGAUUGUGGGAAGACUUUUGUUAGAGAUGCUGAACUGAAGCUGCACCAGAGAAUUCACACCAGAGAACACGAGAGGAGCCACACCAGAGAGAAACCUUGCAAGUGUUCACACUGUGACAAGAGAUUGAAACGGCCAGAUUAUCUGGAAAAAACACGAGGGGAGCCACACUGGGAUGACUGCUCUAUGCAGUAA